AUCUGCUAUCACUCAAACCCAGUCCCCGAAAAAGAGGUAAAGGAAGAAUAUCUAUUCGGCCAAUUGACGCGUGAGCCUGAACAUGAACAUCCAAUCCACAGGCUUGUCUUGCUGGGGCGGAGAAGGGGGUCCGGGAGAAGCGACCCUUUCGAAUAGGGAACCAAAGAGCUGCCUAGAAAUGCGGAGAGGCGGGGAGAGGGGAGGAGCAAAGUAGCAGAGUGCUCACCCGAGCAGUCGCUGAAGAAGCACCAAUCAGUGAGCGAGAGGGGGACGGGUUUCGACUCACCGUCCAAUAAACUUGGAUAAUUGGACUUACGGUCAGGAGUAGGAGGGGUAGACUCCCCACCUCUAUCCCGGUUGACGCGUCGGACCCGGGUUCUCUGGGAUGGGGAGGGGGAGAGAGGUGGUGAAGCGCUUGCGCAGUGGUAGCGGGGAGGAGCUGGGCCAAGCAGCGGGCGAGGAAAGCUGUGAGCCACUAGCCGGGCGGACUGCUGCGCGCACGAUGGGGGAGAAGGCAGGGACCAGGGUCUUCAAGAAGUCAAGUCCUAACUGCAAGCUAACAGUAUACUUGGGCAAGAGGGACUUUGUGGAUCACCUGGAUCGAGUGGAUCCUGUGGAUGGAGUGGUGCUAGUGGACCCAGACUAUCUGAAGGACAGAAAAGUAUAUGUGACAUUGACUUGUGCCUUCCGAUAUGGUCGUGAAGACCUGGAUGUUUUGGGCCUGUCAUUCCGAAAGGACCUGUUUGCAGCCACAUACCAAGCUUUUCCCCCCAUCCCUGACCCUCCCCGACCCACUACACGCCUUCAGGAAAGACUGCUGAGGAAGCUGGGCCAGCAUGCUCACCCCUUCUCCUUCACAAUUCCACAGAACCUGCCCUGUUCUGUUACACUGCAACCUGGACCUGAGGACACAGGGAAGGCCUGUGGGGUAGACUUUGAGAUUCGAGCCUUCUGUGCCAAAGCAUUGGAAGAGAAAAUCCACAAGAGGAAUUCAGUGCGGCUGGUAAUUAGGAAGGUACAGUUUGCCCCAGAGAUACCAGGUCCCCAACCUACUGCUGAAACUGCCCGACACUUCCUCAUGUCUGACCGAUCCUUGCACCUUGAGGCCUCAUUGGACAAAGAGCUAUAUUACCAUGGGGAGCCACUUAAUGUUAAUGUCCAUGUCACCAACAACUCCACCAAGACCGUCAAGAAGAUCAAAGUCUCUGUGAGACAAUAUGCUGAUAUCUGCCUCUUCAGUACUGCCCAAUAUAAAUGUCCAGUGGCUCAGAUAGAACAAGAUGACCAGGUGUCUCCCAGUUCCACAUUCUGUAAAGUGUAUAAUCUAACCCCACUGCUCAGUGAAAAUAGGGAGAAACGAGGACUUGCCUUGGAUGGGAAGCUCAAACAUGAAGAUACCAAUCUGGCCUCCAGUACUAUAGUGAAGGAAGGCGCCAACAAAGAGGUACUGGGCAUCCUUGUGUCCUAUCGGGUCAAAGUGAAGUUGGUUGUGUCUCGGGGAGGGGAUGUUUCCGUGGAGCUCCCUUUUGUCCUAAUGCACCCCAAGCCUCAUGACCACGUCACCCACUCCAAACCUCAGUCAGCUGCUCCUGAGAUAAAUGAUCCAGUAGAUACCAAUCUCAUCGAAUUUGAGACCAACAAUGGCACAGAUGAUGACAUUGUGUUUGAGGACUUCGCCAGGCUUCGACUCAAAGGAAUGAAGGAUGAAGACUAUGACGACCAAUUCUGCUAGGGAGGGAGAGUGGAAAAGGAGAGAAGAGAUGCUGGGGGAGAUAAGAGCAGGACCAAGCUCCCUAUUCUAAUUGGGGUUCCAUAUGUCCCUUCCAGGCUUAAAAGCACUAUACACAAUUUUUGAUUGAAGCUGGGCAUUAAUUUUAAGCUGAAAUUGCCCCCCCCCCCAUAGCAGCAGACUGUUUAUACCUGAAUUAUUGGGGGUUUGGGGGGUUUUUUUUGAGGGAUAGUGGGAAGAAAGAGAACCCUCACCCCACACACAUAUACCUGUCACUGCCUCUACAGAACCCCCCUGGGAGGUAGGGGAGUUGCUAUGGAUCUAAGCAAAAAGAAUAAUUUUUUUAAGCUGAAA